AGCCAUUUUUAUUAUGGCUUUUUUAUUUUGGUUAUCUUUGAGUAUGUGACAUUUCAUUCUACUAGAAUAAAAUUGUCUGAAACGUGGAGUGACGAAACAUGUCUCAGUCAGGUGAAAAAGUAAAGUUUUCUGACUCGGCAGGCUAUGUGGGAUUUGCUAAUCUGCCCAACCAGGUUCACAGGAAAUCUGUGAAGAAGGGCUUUGAAUUCACACUGAUGGUGGUUGGUGAGUCUGGCUUGGGAAAAUCCACUUUAAUUAACAGUCUGUUCCUGACUGAUCUUUAUCCAGAACGUUAUAUUCCUGGAGCUGCAGAGAAAAUAGAGAGAACAGUUCAAAUUGAAGCUUCUACAGUGGAGAUAGAGGAGCGAGGGGUGAAACUGCGUUUAACAGUAGUUGACACACCAGGAUAUGGAGAUGCCAUUAACAGCCAGGACUGCUUCAAAACAAUUAUCCAAUACAUUGAUAACCAGUUUGAAAGAUACCUUCAUGAUGAGAGUGGUCUAAACAGGCGCCACAUUAUAGACAACAGAGUCCAUUGCUGUUUUUACUUCAUCUCUCCCUUUGGGCAUGGGCUGAAACCAUUAGAUGUAGAAUUCAUGAAGGCUCUUCAUGGAAAAGUCAACAUUGUCCCUGUGAUUGCCAAGGCUGACACACUGACACUGAAGGAGAGAGAAAGGCUGAAGAGAAGAGUUCUAGAUGAGAUUUCUGAACAUGGCAUUAGGAUUUAUCAGCUCCCUGAUGCAGAUUCUGAUGAAGAUGAGGAGUUUAAAGAACAAACCAGAGUUUUAAAGGCUAGCAUUCCCUUUGCUGUGAUUGGAUCCAAUCAACUUAUUGAAGUGAAAGGGAAAAAAAUCAGAGGUCGUCUGUAUCCCUGGGGAGUUGUGGAAGUUGAAAAUCCAGAGCACAAUGAUUUCCUUAAACUGCGCACAAUGCUGGUAACGCACAUGCAGGACCUGCAGGAGGUGACCCAAGAUUUGCACUACGAGAACUUCCGUUCGGAGAGGCUAAAACGAACUGGCAAGCCUGUUGAAGAAGAGGUGGUAGACAAGGAUAGAAUCCUCCAGCAGAAAGAGGCUGAGCUGCGCCGCAUGCAGGAGAUGAUUGCACAGAUGCAAGCCCAAAUGAGGAUGAAGCCUAGUGAUGAUUAAGGUGCUUAACACCUGGAUGCAUCAGCGAGCGUACAGUUCUCUGCGUGGAUGGGUGCUCAGUUUUCUUUGACUGAAUGAUAACGUUCAAAAGCAAAAGCUGGAUGCCACAGAUCAAGACCUGCGUUAAGACAAACACAAAGUCUGAAGAUCAUGUUGUAAACCAGCUUGUUUUAUAUAUUCAAUGUUAAUCAAGUUCUAUUGUAUCUUUUUUGAUUCUUUUGGUAACACUGUUUUCAUACUUAUAAAUGUGGUUUUAUUAUCCUGCCUGUACCCUUUUAUACCAAAACUGAUAGAGUACACUGUUUGGACUAGUCGUCGUGAUGGGUUUAAAGAGUUAAUCGUGUAUCUGCUAGGUUAUUCUGAGCAAUUUCGUGAUUAAUACUGAAAGACUUUGUGGCCUGUUUACAGUAAAUGUACGUGUGUUUGCACAGCAUCAUAACUUCCACUUGCCGUUUUAAGUCAUUGUGUAUCGUAUCAGUUUUUCAUAACUUUCUCUGUACUUUCGGUUUGUUUUGAAGCUUCAUCUCUGGUGAUUCAUAUUUGUAUGGUGUAUGAGAAAACAUACAAAACACUGAUGGUUCACCAGUGAUGCAAAGAAGCUGACUUUUCUAAAUCAUCGUGCCUUAACAUACCAUAAACACUACGCAUGCCAGCAACUUCUGGGGAUGCCUCUGAAGACUUGUCUUCAGGUCGUCAGUAUUGAUUGCAAGAACUUCUGUCACAGGCAUUUCUAUCUGUCAGCUGAGUGAUGGCAUGUACUGAACAUUUUAUAUACCAUAACACUAAUUUUCAUUGAAGUUUUGUAAUAAAUUGUAUGAAUAUG